GAGAGAUUAGGGUUUGAAGUGUAAUGUGUUGUUUUGAAGAAUAAAAAGAAAGAGAAUUUAGGGUUUGGCAAGAGAGAGUAAUGGGAGGAAAGGGAAAAAGAAGAAGAGAGAAAAACUACAGGGCUGCUCAUGGUGGCUACACUGGCCUCCCUCCUCCACCUGAUGCUUCUAAACAUGACGCUUUGCCCUCCAAACUUCGUCAAAUCAUCUCUUUCACACAAAACCCAACUGGGGCGAUUGGGUUUUCAAAUGACAAGAAAAACGUUGGUGGGCAUGCCCAAAAUAAGACUGCCUUAAAGGACACAGGUGAUGUUGAAACUGUAGAUGUCAAACAGGGGAUCUCUAAUGGACAAUUGAAGGCACCUCAACUUCUGGAUAGGAGUGAAGAAAAGCGUAUGGAAAGUGGUGGUGUUGACAAGAAAAAGAAAAAAAGAAAGAGGAAGGAGGUUAAAGAUCUCAGGUUUGAAAUGGAAGUGGAUAAAACAAGCUCCCAGUUAAAAAGAAAGGAACGUAAGAAAAAGUAUUUCGAAGCAAAAAAGAAGAAGCACAAAAAAUCCAAUGAAGAAAAAAUGGACUUCCCUGGACAAGAAAAAAUAAAAUUUGGAGAUAUUGUACAAGCCCCACCAAAGUUAGCUGUUCCUCCUAAGGCAUUCAAGAAUGCUUCUCAAGAGAGACUUAGACUCCAGGCUAUAGAGGAAUACAGGAGUCGCAAAGGAUGGGCGUCAAGGCCAGGAAGUCACCUUCCACCUCCUGCGACUACUUUGGACCCUUAAAUCACUCUCAGCAUGUUGUGAAGCAUACUAUGCUUACCUGAACUAGUCUUGGAUAUCAUGCAGAGUACUCAUGAACAAAGAAACUGUCAUGGCUAUUUCAUUUUUUCUUGGAGUAUCUUCAUUCAGAGACAAUUUAUGGGUUCUUAUGGGAAGUAUGGUCUGACGACACAUUUGUACAUGUGUGGAAGUUAUUUGUUACACUUUACAAUCUAUGCAAAGCCAAUUAUUGAGCUGAUAGGAUAGCUAAAUUUUGUUAGAAUAUAAAGAAAAUAUCAACUCAAGUCGCCAUUUAGAUUUUGUAUCUCCAAAUAUUCUUUAAUCUAUUUUUUCCUUGGUUA